UGUUCUUUUCCUUAAACACAUAUCUUUAGACCUUUCUCUUCAUAAAAUAUAUUAUAAUAGUCUUUAAAAAGAUUCAGAAAUGAAUUUUAGGAAUUCGUGAUUUUCCAUAGAAAAUCGUUUAAUGUGUCAGCUGAGAAGAAGAAAAUGAUACGUCAAUCAAAUAUCAAAACAUGAACUGAAAAAGGCGCGAAGCGUAAUUUCGCAAGUUAAUUUUCGAAUUCAAUCAUUCUUGUGUUGAUAUUUCACUAAAAAAAUUUCCUGAAUAAAAAGCACACAUAUAUUGACUAUAAUUCUGCAAAUUGUUUUUGUAAAAAUAUUUGAAAACUAAAUUUUGGGUUAAAAUGGACUCAGUAAACAGAAAAAGGAAAUCUAAAGAUAUGCCAAUGUGUAAAUAUGGUUUGUCGUGUUACCAAAAAAAUCCUGAACAUCAUAAAAAAUAUCGUCAUCCGGAAUCAGUUGUUGAACCGAAAAAUGUUUCAAAUCAAGAUGUAGUAGAUGGUUCUUCAAUAUCUGAUGAGGAACCUCCUUCUAAAACUUCCAGAAUUUCAGAUAAAGCUAAGAUUGAACUCAGUGAUGAUGAAGAAGAAGCACCAAAGACAUCUUUGGCUGAGCCAAAAUUUAAAGAAACUGUAGAGAAGGUUCUUAAAAGCAUGCCUCAAGAUUUCUUUGACUUUUGGGAUUUUUGUGCUUCUAUAAACAAGCAAAAACCUGAAGAUGCAUUUGCUGACUUCGAUCUUUACUUGAUUGGUAUAUAUGAUCUCUUAGUAAAGAAACUACCACCAAACAAAGAAAUAUUAUUACAUUGUCAUUAUAGAUAUUAUUAUGACCCACCUGAACUUCAAACAGUAAUCAAAUCAAAUGAUAAAAGCUUAUUUCACAUUGGCUAUUUCAGGGAUGAUCCUGAGAGUUUUCCAUCAGUUUUAGUCUCGAACAAUGCUGCAGUUGAUUGUAAAUUGACAUUAAAAGGAGACAACAUAUUUGCUGCUAUGAAUGCAGAAAUAACUGACAGAAUAAAGAAAAUGAAACCGAAAUCUAAGAAACAGUUCAUUAAGAUUCAGGAAAAUCUUCAAAAGUUUGCAAAGGAAAAGAAAUAUUCAUUAGAAAUCUCUACUUCCAAAACUACAUCAAGAAAUAAAAAAGUGGUUUCUAAAACAUUUAAUAGUUUUGGAAUUGUUGUACCUGUUAAAAAUGAUGUGGGAUAUAGACCUUUGCCAGAUUCUAAUGCCAAGAUAAAAUCAAUACUGCAGAAGAUAGUGAAUGCUGAAAAUGAGGAGAAAAGACUGACUUUUGAAGAGGAUUUGGAUGAACUUAUCACUAAUGUUCAAUUUGCUAAUGAUGAAUGUGACUUUGGAAUGGGUCUUGAAUUAGGAAUAGAUCUUUUCUGUUUUGGAGAUCCAUAUUUUCAUUCCCAUAUACUGAGCAUCCUUCCUCUUGCUUAUAAUCUUUUAAACCGUCCUAAAUAUGCAGAAGUUGUACAAUUUCACUUAGCAAAUAGGAAGAAAUCACACAAUCUGAAUACUUUAGAUUGAUGAUUUCUGAAUAUUCCGAUAUGUAUUUUAAUUGAAUUUUAUUCAGAAGUAACAUGAAUAUAAUAAAUAAAAACUAAAUGAAGGAAAUUCAACUUUGUUUUUAAAAUUUAUUGCAUAUUUUGUUGUUUGCUGAUUAUAUUUUCCUUUUUUAUUCUUCUAUCUUUCUCUCUCUCUCUUUUAUUUAUUUAUUUAUUUUUGUAUCAAAUAAGAACACGAGUGAUAUCUUUAGCACUUAA